UACUCGUACUUCACCGCCGCCUGGCCUGCAUACCAGUCACUCAAAUACUCAUUAAUAUUAUGCAGACAUCGGUCUUCUCUCCACCUCAUGACUAUCCGUGAUGCCAUACUGUCGCUUCCCGAGGAAGUCCUUACCGCCAUCGUUUCGCUCGUAUCCGACAGCUGCCUGGUCAACGUCUCGCAGGUCUGCAGGAAGCUCAAUCGGAUAUGUAGCUCGCCGCUCGAGAUGCGUCAGCGUUGCAUCCGCCUGCGAUGGUGGGAGGAGCGCCACAAGAUCGAGGAGAAGAAGCGGCUUCCCCGCAUCACCGACGUCGACUGGCGCGGUCUGUUUCUGUACCGGUUCCGAGUGGGACUCGCCACUACACACCUGCUCGACCAGAUAAUCGCGAACCCGGCGAACCACAUCAUCAACUUCAAUCACAUCGUCGACUUUGGGUAUGAUGCGAAAGACUGUUUGAAAGUGCACGCGGACGUGUCGGACGACGAGGUCGACGACCCGUUGGCGCGGAGGUACCAUGCCACGGCUGCGAUCCGGUACAUUCACCGUCGGCGCGCACUGGCGAUCUGGGACCGCGUCCGUCGGGUUGAUGACGUACCGCUCGAGGUGGCACUGCUAGCACUCGACCUCUUCAUCACGACGACGCCCGAGCCCGACGUCGACGAAUACGUGGCGGACAUCGAUGGCCUCGCCGCAGCCUUCCUCGCCGCGACUCCAAAGUUCUCGAGUUUCGUCGAGACGGAGGAGAAGGCGGUGACACUGAUCAAGUGGAUGUGGAGCCAAGGCUUCAGUGGCUUCAAUGGCGCCCAGAUGGUGCGAUACCGCGCCCUCAAGAACGUCUUCAUCGGGUUGACAAUCCGCACGAUCCGCACCGCAAUCCCACUAACCCUCGUCGCGAUCUUCUGCGCGAUCGCGCGCCGAGUCGGCAUCACCGCACAUCCAUGUGCAUACCCGGGCCACGUGCUCGCAAUCGUCGAAGACCCAACAACGGGGCGGUACCAGUACUACGACGUCUUCCGCGGACCGGACAAGGACCCGCGUGCUGACAGAGCCAACCUGUUGGAAGGUCUCACACCCGACCAGCUCAAGGUGUUGGCGCCCGCCAGCGUCUCCGCCAUGGUCAUCCGCGCCGCACAGAACCUGAUCAGUACGCUACAGCUACAGCCGAUGGAGCUCUUGGAGGUGAACCGGGGAUACCCGAAUAUAUGCGAGCACUCGGCGCUGUACGCCGCUCUGACGGCGAUGGUGGUGCUCAGCGUUGCCAGGCCGUCCAUGCAGGUCGUCGAACACAUGACGCGGCAGAUCCCGGCGGACUUUCCAAUGGACGUGCGCUUCCUCGAAGAGGAGCUGCUGCCCAGGGUCGACGUUUCCGGACGGCAGUUUCUGGAAAAUGUCUGCGGUGCUCUCCGCGCCGAUACACUGCCGCCGGUUUCGCGGAGGGAUAACCCCGAGAACAGGAGUGUCUUGCACCGUGUCGGCACCGUGUUCAAACACCGACGAUACGAUUUCAUCGGCGCCAUCUUCGGCUGGACGAACGAGUGCCGCUCGAUCGAGGGUGAGGGCGAGGAAUGGAUCAGCGAGAGGGUGAACGUGGAGAACACUCCUCGGGGACGGAACCAGCCGUUCUACCACGUGUUAGUCGACGACGGCACGGUCCGCUACAUCGCUGAGGAAAACAUCCAGCCAAUCCGCCCCAAGAAUGUCGAUGCCCUGAUUAUGCUGGCCGGGAAAUACUUCAAGAGAUUCGAUCCUACCGAGGGACGGUUCGUGAGUAAUGUCAAGGUCGAGUUUCCCGACGAUUAGAUGGGUGGAUGCACGUUUCGUUUAUGGAUUUAUGCUAUGUUAUGUGCUAGAUCUUAGAUAUGGUGAUGGGCAUUGGAUUGGAUCGGUUCACUCGUUAUGAUCUGUACGUUAGAGAAGAGGUCGCUUGCAUGUAAAAAUGAC